AUGCUAUAUGCUGCAUUACCUAACAAAAAUGCUAAUGUUUAUGAUAUUUUAUUAGAAGAAUUACUAUUAUAUGCUCAAAAGAAUGGUAUCUUACUGAAACCAAAAUCUAUUUUAAUUGAUUUCGAAAAGGCCUCCUUUAAUGCUUUUUCAAAAAACUUUCCAACAGCAAGCAUUAAAGGGUGCUAUUUCCACUUCGCCCAAAAUAUUUGGCGACAAAUUAAGAAAAAAGGCUUAGUUAAUUUAUCAGAUGAUGAUGAAGCUCGUCGUCAAAUUGCAAAUUUAAUUAUGUUACCAUUAUUACCACCGGAAGAAAUAAAUGAAGCUUUUAGUAACAUCAUUGAAGAGCUAAGUAAUAUACAUCACAAGUUUCUCAAAUUAACCGAUUAUGUUCAUCGUACAUACAUCGAAGAAGAAUUAUUUCCUCGAACAUUUUGUAAUUUUUUCGAUCUUAUUGGUAUUCGACCUAAAACUAACAACCACAUAGAAGAAUAA